AUGGACGCGUCUGUGAUCGUCCCGCUCUAUGUCUACCCCUCUGCCGGAGCAUGGAGUCCAGUCUUCGAGAUGGCUUCAUCAUACCCGCGAGUGCAUUUCACGGCAAUCGUCAACCCCAACAGCGGCCCCGGCGAAGGCGCGCUGCCGAACGAGGAUUACACGCAAGCCAUUCAAACAUUAAACUCGUUUGCCAAUGUUCGCACCGUCGGUUAUGUGGCUACCACGUGGUGCAUGAAGAACGUGAGCUCGGUACUGGACGAGAUCGCAGUGUACUCAGGAUGGGGUGCAUACGACUCCUCAUUGGCUAUGAGCGGGAUUUUUUUCGAUGAGACUCCCACGCAUUACACUCCCGAGUACGUUUCAUAUCUGCAAACCAUAUCGCAAGCCGUCCGCGACGGCCACGGGUUAAAGGGAUCCUACGUUGGUAAGAGAGAGUCCUUCAUUUCGGCAUUCCGUGUUUUGGAUGCCUCCCUCCACGCCCGAAGUCGGUGCGCCCGAUCUAAGGGUCCCCUCACUAUAUCGCCAUAA